AUGUGGGACAAAGCGUUCAAAGUACUGCCCUCGGCCUUGUCCCAGUCCGUCCCGUGCCCUUCUCUGCACCUGGUGACCGGCAGGGCCACCUGCGCGCUCGUGUGGGUGGCGGGCGGCCUCCUGAGCGUGCCCACCUUCCUGUUCCGCUCGGUGGAGGCCGUGCCCGAGCUGAACGCCACCAGCGCCUGCGUGCUGCGGCACCCCCCCGGCGCCUGGCACUACGCGCGGAUGGUGGAGCUCAACGUGCUGGGCUUCCUCCUGCCGCUGCUGGCCAUCCUGUUCUUCAACUGCCGCAUCCUGGCCUCCCUGCGCCGGCGGCCGCGGGCGAGGGGCGGCUCCCCGGACGGCAAGACCACCGGGCUGCUCCUCACGCUCGUGGCCGCCUUCCUGGUGUGCUGGACCCCCUUCCACUUCUUUGCCUUCCUGGACUUUCUGUUCCAGGUGCAGGCCCUCCGCGGCUGCCCCUGGGAGCAUCUCAUAGACCUGGGCCUGCAGUACGCCAGCUUCUUCGCCUUCCUCAACAGCUGCCUGAACCCGGUGAUUUACGUCUUUGGGGGCCGGCUGUUCAAGACCAAGGUGUGCGGACUGUGUAAGCAGGGCAUCCCGAGGAGCCUGCGCCCCGUGUGCCCGGCCAUCGGAAAGACGUCCUCCAAUUUUUCUGGCAGAAGUAAAUCAGCGGGGAGUCAUGUGAUUUUGGACCUCGUAAACCUUGUUGGGGGUCGGGCUGGGACAGGGAGCCCCCGUGUCCCGCAAAGGACCGGGACCUAGUCCCCGGAAACUGUGGGUGUGUUUGUGGGAGGACUUGGCAGACAUGAUUGAGCUGAGGAUCCUGAGACCGGGAGAUUACAGGGGACCAUCCGGUGGGCCCCGGGGCGUCACAAAGGCCCUUGUAAAAGCGGAGCGGCAGGGUCAGGGUCAGAGACAGCCACGUGAGAGCAGAAUCAGAGGCUGCAGCGUCCCGAGGGGCCCCCAGCCAGGGCUGGCGCCUGCUUGGGGCUGGAAAAGGGAAGGAGACAGAUUCUCCCCGCAAGCUUCCAGAAGGCACCAGUCCUGCAGAUACCCGACUUCAGUCCAAGGAGAGGGACCAGAGAUGUCUGGCCUCCAGAUCGAUAAGACAAUAAAGGUGUGUGGUUUUCAGCCA